UUAUUAACGUGUUCAUCUUUUUAUGUUCUUAGGCAAUAGAGAAUGCUGAUGAGAGAACCAUUUCCCUAAUUUUCAAAUAGUCAAGCUGGUUGCCAUGAUGGAUGAUCAGCAAGCUUUGAACUCAAUCAUGCAAGAUUUGGCUGUUCUUCAUAAGGCCAGUCGACCAGCAUUAUCCUUACAGGAAACCAGAAAAGCAAAAUCCUUAUCACCAAAAAAGCAGAAUGAUGUCCGAGUCAAAUUUGAACACAGAGGAGAAAAAAGAAUCCUUCAGUUUCCCAGACCAGUUAAACUGGAAGAUCUGAGGUCUAAAGCUAAAAUUGCCUUUGGACAGUCUAUGGACCUACAUUAUACCAAUAAUGAGUUGGUGAUUCCAUUAACCACCCAAGAUGACUUGGACAAAGCUGUGGAACUGCUGGAUCGUAGUAUUCAUAUGAAGAGCCUCAAAAUAUUACUUGUAAUAAAUGGAAGUACACAGGCUACUAAUUUAGAGCCAUUGCCAUCACUAGAAGAUUUGGAUAACACAGUAUUUGGAGCAGAGAGGAAAAAAAGACUUUCUAUAGUAGGUCCCACUAGUAGAGAUAGAAGCUCCCCACCCCCUGGAUACAUUCCAGAUGAAUUACACCAGGUUGCCCGGAAUGGGUCAUUUACCAGUAUCAACAGUGAAGGAGAGUUCAUUCCAGAGAGCAUGGACCAAAUGCUGGACCCAUUAUCUUUAAGCAGCCCUGAAAAUUCUGGCUCAGGAAGUUGUCCAUCACUUGAUAGCCCUCUGGAUGGAGAGAGCUAUCCAAAAUCACGAAUGCCUAGGGCCCAGAGCUACCCAGAUAAUCAUCAGGAAUUUUCAGACUAUGAUAACCCUAUAUUUGAGAAAUUUGGAAAAGGAGGAACAUAUCCAAGAAGGUAUCAUGUUUCAUAUCAUCAUCAAGACUAUAAUGAUGGUCGUAAAACUUUUCCAAGAGCCAGAAGGACCCAGGGGACCAGCUUCCGGUCUCCUGUGAGUUUCAGUCCUACAGACCACUCCUUAAGCACUAGUAGUGGAAGCAGUAUCUUUACCCCAGAGUAUGAUGAGAGUCGAAUAAGAAGAAGGGGAAGUGACAUAGACAAUCCUACUUUGACUGUAAUGGACAUCAGCCCACCCAGCCGCUCACCUCGUGCUCCAACCAACUGGAGAUUGGGCAAACUGCUUGGCCAGGGAGCCUUUGGCAGGGUCUACCUCUGUUAUGAUGUUGAUACAGGAAGAGAAUUGGCUGUUAAGCAAGUUCAAUUUGACCCAGAUAGCCCUGAGACCAGCAAGGAAGUAAAUGCACUUGAGUGUGAAAUUCAGUUGUUGAAAAACUUGCUGCAUGAGCGAAUUGUUCAGUAUUAUGGCUGUUUGAGGGAUCCCCAAGAAAAAACACUUUCCAUAUUUAUGGAAUAUAUGCCAGGGGGUUCAAUUAAAGACCAACUAAAAGCAUAUGGAGCUCUUACUGAGAAUGUGACUAGGAAAUACACCCGUCAGAUUCUGGAGGGAGUCCAUUAUUUGCACAGUAAUAUGAUUGUUCAUAGAGAUAUAAAAGGUGCAAAUAUUCUGCGAGAUUCAACAGGCAACGUCAAACUAGGAGAUUUUGGGGCCAGCAAACGGCUUCAAACCAUCUGUCUUUCGGGGACAGGAAUGAAGUCUGUCACAGGCACACCAUACUGGAUGAGCCCUGAAGUGAUUAGUGGAGAAGGCUAUGGCAGAAAAGCAGAUAUCUGGAGCGUGGGCUGUACUGUGGUGGAAAUGCUAACGGAAAAGCCUCCUUGGGCAGAAUUUGAAGCAAUGGCUGCCAUCUUUAAAAUCGCCACUCAGCCGACGAACCCUAAGCUGCCACCCCAUGUCUCAGACCAUACUCGAGAUUUCCUCAAACGGAUCUUUGUAGAGGCCAAACUGAGACCUUCCGCUGAUGAACUUUUAAGGCACAUGUUUGUGCACUAUCACUAGCAGCCAGUAACCUCUCCUGUGCCUCUACCCAGCUCCCAUCUAUUCAUUCACCUUCUCUCUGACUGCACUUUUCUUUUUUAUAAAAAAGAGAGAUGGGGGAGAAAACAAAGACAAGAGGGAAAGUGUUUCUCUUGAUUCUUGGUUAAAUUUGAUUAAUAAUAAUAGUAUCCUAAAGUUUUUAUAUUUAAUCUUUUUUUCCCUUACAAGAACUUGAAACUUUUUUUUUAAAAUUUUUAUAAUGUACUGAUGUGGUUCAGAGACAUAAAGCACUUUAGUACAUAGUCACUCUUUUUAGUACAAAAAGAUCAUUUGGAAUACCUAAAGAUUGUAGAGUCUUUCCCUGUGUCACUGACAGAUUGGCAGUGAUGGGGAGAUAUGGAAAACAAGGAGAAGAAAAUGAUGUAUAAUUUGUAGUUUUUAGUGAUAGUAUUUAAAAUAGAUUCUUGUUUGUGGGGUUGAGCCCUAAACUUGAGUUUAGGAUAGGUACUCAGCUUAAAGAAUAUAGGUUCCUUCUUGUAUCUGUAUUCUUUAGAUCCUAACCUCUGUCUACCAAGCUUUUUGCUCAGUAGGACUCUUGAUAGCAAAUAUGAAUCUCUAGGAGGUAUGUUUGUUUGUUAAUCCUAACCAGUAUAAUAAGCAAAUACACUAUAAUAGAUCCAUGUUACUGGAAUCUAUAAACCUUGAGGGAUAGCUUUCUGCUUAAAAAAAGAAAAGAUAUUGUUUCAUUUUAAAACAGAUAUGGGAAGUCAAUAAGCAAAUCCAAAUUAAAAGACAAAAGGAGAUUGCUCUAAUUAAAUGUGUAAGCAGUAGAAGAGACCACAUUUGCCGGUCAACAGAAAUAAUGAAAAGAAGAACUAAGUGUUGUUUAGUGUAUUUUAAACUGUGUUCUUUACCUGAGGGGGAAAGUCCCAAAAAUCAAGGGGAAGGAGAAAUAAUCAAAAUCAUGUAUACUAUAUCUUCCUGUUUCUAGCUCCUGAUUCCCCAUAGAUAACAUUGUUUAGGAACUAAGAGUUUAACCUGCAGUAUCCAUGUGUUAAAAACUAGUGUCAUGAUAUGAAACCCUUGUUCUUGUUCUUUGGAUCACAGACUACUAAAGCACCUCAAAAAACAGUUAGCAUGUAAAACAGUGGUUUUCACAGCUGGGGUGAGAAUAGUUUUGCUUGGCAUUUGACAAUGACUGGAAACAUUUUUGGUUGUCACAACCAGGAGGAUGCUAGAGGCAUCUAGUGGUUAGAGGCCAGGGAUGCUGCUAAACAAACUAAAGUAUACAAGAACAGCACCUCUGGCCCCCCAACAAAGAAUUAUCCUGCCCCAAAUGUUAAAAGUGCCGAAGUUGAGAAACCCUGAUGUACAUACCAGCCCCAGUUAUAAACGAAAAUGGCCAUUUACAAAGCAGGUUCCUUGCAAAAAGUAAGUUUCAGAGAGUGAUGUAAUGCAUAAUGAGGGUUUUACAAGAGAAGAUACCACUACUUCAAGUCGAGGGUGAUAGGUCUCAACAAACAGCCAGUAACAAUCCUUUCCCUUCCAGCUGCAUGUUGCACCCAAAUCAGUAACUUCCAUUUUAGACACAAAAUGAACUUAAACACGGAGCCUGUUGAACUCAGUCAUCUAUGUGUAUUCUUUCCUCAAAAGUCAGUUCAUAAUUGUGGG